AAAAAAAAAAAAUGUGCACAUUGUGUUCAGUUGUAAAAAACUUGAGUCUGGUGCAAAGGCGUGCAUUUAGCGCGACCUAACGGGCAAGAAUAAUACUUCAGCGAAGCUGCAUUCAAAACCUCGUCGAGAAAUGUGUAUUUUUUAGAUGUGUACACUUAUGCACGGUCUGUCCUUAUCGCUGUCAGUACUAGUGAAUGGCAUGUAUUCAUAUGCGAUUAUCAGUCGUUUAGUCUCAUGUUGGGUGGGGGAAAUGUCAUCCUAAAGGCGUUAUUACGUAUUUUUACUGUUGUGUAAUGGCGCAGACUGGUCUGCAUUUAAGUAUUUGCUCUGGUUUCCCAGGCGGCGAUGGUAAAGAAAGGCAGUCUUAAACUCCCAGAGCCUCUCUGCACCACACACUGCUGCUUUGUUCUCCAACACAGCCUGCCAUACAUACGCAUACCAUAAGAGCCCAUGGGAAUACCACAGGAUUUUCUUUCUCAGUUUGUUCCACUUUCAGUUAUUUAUGUUAACUCAGAGGUUUGAUUUUUAUAGCAUUUUGACAUGUUUUUUUUUAAUGCUGACUGAAGAGUUUACUAAUGGUAGUAGAAAAUCAGCAUACUGUCCUGACUAGUAAGUGUUAUCAUACGGAACCUCUGGGGCUUUUUAAAAGGCAACUACCCAGGCUUUGUGCUGAGCAAAGUAGGUUUUGUAUUGUUAAGAAGUUGUGAGUGUCUUUACCUGCAUGGAGGCUGUGGGUCAUGUAACGUUAUGUGAAACAGCAGCAGGGAGUAACUAAAAAAGGAAAACAAAAGCCACCCAUCCUUUCUCUCGGGGGUUUUGUUUUCCAUGUCAACAGGCAGCCAGGCUCCAUUUACGGUUUUUAAAUUUUUUUAAAUUUUUUUUUUUUAAUUAUCUUUCUGAGAAGGAAAAAUGCAAAUUGUGGAAAGAGGUGUUACAUCUCUGCCCUGGUCUCUCCCAGCUUUUCCUAUGAUGUCAUGGGGAGGGAGGGUGUUAACGUUUUUUGGGUGAUUUACGGCCUCCCUGGGGAGCUGCGGGGCGGGGCUACAGUGAUGUAAACACAGAUAAAAUGUGCCUCACUGCCGGUCGCGGGUCAGUCUGGAGAAAUUAGUUUGAACUUUCACUACAACACGUGUUGGUGUUGCUGCUGUUGGGAAUUGCCACUUACUGACACGGAGCUGCUUUAAACACACUACUGGCUCAGCUUCUCUGGAUUUAAACUGCACUACCUCUCUGAUUUCGAUUUUUGUUGUUGAUGCUCUUCUCCCAGAUUCUGCAAGCAAAGAUGUUGCAAAGCUUCUCUCAAUCGCAAGACUGGCUUUACUCUGAACCGCUGCUGUUUGACGAUGAGUUCUGCCAGAGUCUGAUGAAGGACCUCCAGUCGCUGCCGACACCCCCUCAGUCCCCCCCAACUAAUACUGGGCUGGGCGGCAGUAAGCCCCUAUCCAAGGAGGACCAGCUGAGCUAUGUAUCGGACAUCCUACUGGAGGACCACGACAUGCAGCUCACCUGGAACUGCGACUUCUUCCACUCGGAUGCCGCUGAGAAGGAUGGCGAGCUCAGCCAGCCCUGCUCCCCUCUGGAGGCGAGUGGCGAGGACUGCCUGUGGCGGUGCCUGGCAGGGGACAAGAGCCUGGAGGAGAAGCUGGUCUCCUCCAUGCUCGGCUCCAGCCCACUGCUGUCUGAGAUCCACACCAGCAUCUUUGAGGAGAUUGCCGGCUCCACGCUGGACUGCCAGAACCUGAUGGAAACUCAAGAGCCCAGCGAGGCCACAUCAGACUACGGGUCAACCGGUGGCGAGCUGUCAUCCAGUGACUCUGAAGAGGAGAUUGAUGUGGUAACUGUGGUGCGCUGUUCCUCCAGCCCCUCCCCUCGGCCCUCAUUGGCUGACCUGUCUGUCCGUCAGCAGAAGCAGGAAGAGGAGAAGCGAGCUCUCCAGCGUCACCACUUUGAGAUCCAGCUGCAACACAACUAUGCUGCACCGUGUCCUGCCUCACCGCCACCUUCAUCCUCUUCAUCUUCAAACAAGCGCUCGCGAGGGAGCGACAGCUCGCCGCGCUUCCACCACUCCUCUCGCAGCUCUUCAUCAUCGUCCUCGUCACGGUACCACCACCACCACCACUCGUCCCGAAACUCGACAGAGACGGAGGAUGAGGAGGAGCGGCGGCGGACGCACAACGUGAUGGAGCGGCAGCGGCGCAACGAGCUCAAGAACUGCUUUGUGCACCUGCGCGACAACGUGCCGGAGCUGUCGCACAACGACAAGGCGUCCAAGGUGGUGAUCCUGAAGAAGGCCCGAGACUGCAUCUACGGCCUGGAGGAGGAGAGCCACAGACUGCAAUCCAAGAGGGACAAACUCCGAGCUAAACAGGAAGAGCUGAAAGCCAGGCUGUCUCAGCUUCGCAGCUAAUGGUACAGGAGAAACCAUGGGCUGCAUUUUUAGCUGUUUUAGAGACAAUUUGGGAUUGGGGGGGGGGACUUUGUACAAAGACAGAUGGUUGAGCAGGGGUUAAAGGAUGGCGUGUCAUGCUGAAAAGAGCGCACAAAGUUUGACAUUUCAAAGACUUUCUUGUAACGAUAGCGCUGGACUGUGUACUCUCACUUGCUGCCAUGGACAGACCCAACACACUCAUUGCCUCAAAAUUGAUCAUUCUCAUGCCUUGACUGCUGACUGUUGUAGAAAGUAGGAUGUUUUUAAAGGUGAAACGAGGACGGAGUGAGCAGAUUUUUAUUUUUUAAAGCUUUGCUGAACGCACACUGAAA